CUGCUUUCUGUGGUCCCAGUUCCUACAAGCUCGUUCAAAUGAAGAGUUCUAUACCUACUGGGAUUUUGCUCACAAGUGUGAAGCGACUCAGCCAGCAGACCUUCAGUGCGCAGUCAUUCCCAAAGAUUACGUCUCAUUAUACCAUAGUGCCUCGAGAAUCCGAUCCGAGAUGGAAAGAUGUACCCAUGGAGAGGUUCGUCGACGAAGCCGAUGUGGUCAUUGUGGGCGGAGGGCCGGCCGGAACAUCUGCUGCCAUCAGACUCAAGCAGCUUGCAGCAGAGCACAACAAAGAUCUUCGUGUUUGCCUCGUGGAGAAGGCAGCUGAGCUAGGUAGACACAAUCUAUCUGGAGCUUGCAUAGAGUCUCGUGCUCUCGACGAAUUGAUUCCUGAUUGGUCGGAGAAGGGAGCGCCGCUGCAUAAUCCUGUGACCAAGGACAGAUUCAGUUUCCUCACCAAGAAUCGGAAAAUCCCUGUGCCUCUCUUGCCAGGAAUGCCCAUGGCCAAUUAUGGGAAUCAAGUCAUCCGAAUGGGUCACUUCGUUCGCUGGCUCGGCGAACAAGCAGAAGCCCUGGGUGUUGAACUGUAUCCUGGGUACGCUGCAGCCGAAGUUCUCUUCCACAAUGAUGGGAGUGUGAAAGGAAUAGCCACAAAUGAUGUUGGCAUUGCCAAAGAUGGAUCUCCAAAGGAGAACUUUGAGAGAGGGAUGGAGCUACAUGCCAAAUGCACCAUUUUUGCUGAAGGAUGUCAUGGUCAUUUGGCAAAACAGCUGUUCUCCCAUUUCAACUUGAGGAAGGACUGUGAGCCACAGCUUUAUGCCUUGGGCCUGAAGGAGCUUUGGGAGGUGAAACCUGAGAAAUUCAAAUUCGGCCUGGUGGAGCACUCUGUCGGGUGGCCUUCGCCCUACAGAGAGUACUCGGGGUCUUUCAUGUACCAUGUGAAGGAUGGAGACCAAUGCCUUGUUUCUAUAGGAUAUGCCAAAGGACUGGACUAUUCUAACCCAUACACUCAUCCAUUCAAGGAGUUCCAAACGUGGAAGACUCACCCAUCUGUAAAAGCAGUCUUGGAGGGUGGUAAAAGAAUAGCGUAUGGAGGUCGUGCCUUGAACGAAGGAGGGUGCCAGAGCGUGCCCAAGCUCACAUUCCCUGGAGGAUGCCUGGUGGGCUGUUCACCAGGGUUUCUCAAUGUUCCCAAGGUCAAGGGAACUCACAAUGCCAUGAAGAGUGCCAUGGUGGGUGCCGAGAGUGUCUUCGAAGCCAUCUUCUCAGACAAGAAGUCUUUCACCAAAGGAGUUAAUCCAGAAGUAUAUGAGAAGAAGCUCCGGGAAAGUUGGGUGUGGAAAGACCUAUAUAUGGUGAGGAAUGUGAAGCCAUCCUUCAGUACUCCCUUUGGCCUUUAUGGAGGCCUCAUGUACACUGGCACCAUCUUUUAUAUUCUCCGGGGGAAGGAACCAUGGACUUUCCACCACAAGGGUCCUGAUCAUGCUCAACUGAAGCCAGCCUCAGAGUAUCAGCCCAUCGAGUACGUUAAGCCGGAUGGAGUGUUGACGUUUGACCUUCUCAGUUCGGUGGCCUUGACGAACACCAACCACGAACACGAUCAGCCUGCACAUCUGACGCUUCGGGACGAUACCGUCCCCGUGAAGAGAAACCUGGCCGAGUUUGAUGGUCCAGAGGGGCGCUUUUGUCCAGCUGGUGUGUAUGAAUAUGUGCCAAAUGAAGAUGGAAAAGGGAUGCAUUUGGUGAUAAAUGCUCAAAACUGCAUCCACUGCAAGACUUGUGAUAUCAAGGAUCCAAGUCAGAACAUCAAUUGGGUCACUCCCGAAGGAGGCGGUGGGCCUGCAUACGACGGCAUGUAACGGGGGUGAGCCCCGUUGCAUCCCGUCCUCCCGUUCACCGACCGGAGACCGAUACGUAAUCCUCACUGCAUUCUGGGCUUCUCUUUCCAAUAUACGGGAUGAUCAUAGCAUGUGCACAACUGGUUCUUGUACUCGACUGAUUUCAAAGCUUCGUGGUCAUUAUAAUUUCACUUGCUAAAGUUUUUACAUCAUGUCCCUUU